AUGAGACGACAAUGGAAACAGAAAUUUUUCAAGAAUACCUUCCAUGAUUGGAAAUCCGUUUUAUCUGGAUGCAUCAUUACCAGAUCUACUCUGAACUGGUUGAAUAUUGACCGUAUGUUUCUGAAAAUCGAAAUAACUCUCAUAAAUGCCACUCCUAGUGACCAGAUCAUUUUCAGUUCACAAGUUUCAUACGGUCAAUUGGAUUAUCUUUUAUGCCAGGGUCUUGCUGCUUUCCGUUUGACCUCAUGUUACCAUCAUGUGUAA